AUGCUGUGGGUUGAUAAGCACCGACCCAAGUCCUUGGACAGCCUCGAUGUUCACCCGGAGCUAACAACGAGGCUGGCUGCUAUGUCGGAAGACGGCGAAAUCCCGCACCUUCUGUUCUACGGCCCCGCCGGCUCUGGGAAAAAGACGAGGGUGUUGGCACUCCUCAAGCGCAUCUACGGCCCGGGGGCAGAGAGGGUGAGGCUGGAGCACCGCAGCUUCAAGACGCCCAGCAACCGAGUCGUGGAGCUCACGACGGUGGCCUCGAACUACCACAUCGAGAUGUCGCCGGGGGACGCGGGAAUCUACGACCGUUACGUGGUGCAGGAUAUCAUCAAGGAGAUCGCGCAGAACCGAUCGAUCUCGGCGAGCAUGGGCGGGGGUGGGAGCGACGACAAGAAAUCGAAGAUCGGUCACAAAGUGGUGGUAUUGGUUGGAGUUGACCGGCUGACGAAGCAGGCGCAAGCGGGGCUGAGGCGAACGAUGGAGAGGUACACUUCGUCGUGCCGACUAAUCUUGCUGUGCCACAGCCCUAGCAAGGUGAUCGAGCCGGUUCGCUCCCGUUGCCUCGGCGUGCGGGUCCCAGCACCCUCCGAGUCGGAGGUGUGCAGCGUGCUUACGUCGGUGUGCCGGAAGGAGUCCCUCACCCUGCCGCCCGCACUGGCCGCGCGCGUGGCCAAGGUUUCGAAGAGGAACCUCAGACGGGCGGUGCUCAUGAUCGAGGCGUGUCGGGUCCAGCAGUACCCUUUCUCGGAGGACCAAGAGGUACAGAUGACGGACUGGGAGAACUACAUCACACAGCUGGCCAGGGAGGUAGUCUUGGAGCAAAGUCCUCGCAGGCUGCUUGAGGCGAGGGAGAAGCUGUAUGAGCUCCUGACCAACUGCAUCCCGGCGGAUAUCAUCCUCAAGACGUUGACGCGAGAGCUGGUCAAGAACCUGGACUGCAAGCUGUGGGGCGAGGUGUUCAAGUGGGCGGCCUUCUACGAGCACCGGCUGCACAUGGGCAGCAAGGAGAUCCUCCACCUCGAGGCCUUCGUCGCCAAGUUCAUGUCCAUCUACAAGGCUUACAUCAUCGCGGAGUUCAUGUAAGACAGACCUGGCACCAAGCUCCCCCGUGUCAUAUUCUUGCGUGACAGCUGGUGGAACGCGGCGAACGUGUCUAGUUGCCGCCAGCCCCCCCUCGCGCGCUUCUCCAACCCUUCGUGAGGGUCGGGGUUAAGGGUUAGCUCGUGACAUACCACUGGGUUACUAGAUGAGAACACUGUCAGCACGACAUCAGGUACCGGCAGACCGUGUUGUGUGACGUGUAGCUCUGGGUGGAUUAUUACGGGUGGGACGUGGAGCACUGCGGUUGUUGGGUAGUGCGGUACGGCUUUUAGCAACCGAGACCGAACGAGUCUUCGCCGUGAAGCUGGGGGUGUCGCUGGAACUACCGCCGUCUUUCGUGGGUGCGUUCGUU